UCCUCCCUCAGUUCAGCCUGGUGUCCACUCAGCCUCCCUCUGCUCAUCAUACCAGUGGCUCUCCUCACCUCAAUUAUCUCUUAAUAUUAGUGAACAACCACAGAGAGGAUCAGCUUUUCACCUCACUCCAGAAUGCCUUUCGGAGGAGGAAACAAGUGUGGCUGCUGCCAGAAAACCGUCUACUUCGCUGAGGAAGUGCAGUGUGAGGGCAAGAGCUGGCAUAAAUCCUGUUUUCUGUGCAUGGUCUGUAAGAAGAACUUAGACAGCACAACAGUGGCCGUCCAUGUGGAUGAGAUCUACUGCAAAUCAUGCUAUGGCAAGAAAUAUGGGCCAAAAGGCUACGGCUUCGGAGGUGGAGCCGGCACUCUGAGUAUGGACACAGGAGAAGGACUUGGAAUCAAGCCUGAAGAACAAGCUCCUCAUCGCCCUACAAACAACCCCAACGCCUCGAAGUUUGCCCAGAAAACAGGGGGCUCCGAUGUGUGUCCUCGAUGUGGGAAAACCGUGUACGCAGCCGAGAAGGUUGUCGGAGGAGGCAAUUCCUGGCAUAAAGGCUGCUUUCGCUGUGCCAAGUGUGGCAAAGGACUCGAGUCCACCACCCUUGCUGAUAGAGACGGGGAGAUCUUCUGUAAAGGUUGCUACGCAAAGAACUUUGGUCCCAAGGGGUUUGGCUUUGGUCAGGGUGCAGGAGCUCUGGCUCAUUCCCAGUAAAGCCUGAAGCCUCGGCCUACCUGGAACGGACAUCGCUAGGAUAUCAUCGCUUCCAGGAUCCUUCAGUCAAUAUCCAGCCUAUUUCACCCUGCCCGUUCACUCCAGCUAAUGGCAAAUAGAAGUGAAAGAAGCACAUAACACAGCUUUUUGUACACGUUUACCAAGUAGAUUUUGCUCUGUUUUGCAUUUGAAUCUGGAUUAUGAUGCCCUAGUAUUUGACUGCUUAAAAUACAAGAUAUGCUAUAUACAGUAUUCAAAACGCACAAAAUUCUCACUCUGUGUUCCGAUGAUCACAUGUGUGUUUAAACUGAGUCGUUAACAGGAAAAAAAGAAAAACUAAACUCUGUGGUUGCCAUACUAAGAGACACUUGCACUGUAAUAAAAAAUAUAGUCUGGCAAACUGAGUUUGAUUAACAUCUGAAUCAGUUGGAGUCAGAGAUAGAACAGAACAAGAUUAACUAAUUAAUUUUUCAAGACAAAAAAAUAAGAAAAUAAAAAAAAACUGGCUCACAUUUAGCUUCAGCUACACUUAAGAUUUUCUCCUUUUUGCUUUACAUGUCAAAUGGUGUACAUACUGUCUUAAGAAAUGCUUUGUUGCUAAGACACAAAAUAAAUAUCAGGCAAACCAAA